AUGUCACCAUUGAGUACCAUAUGUAGAAAAAAGUUUGAGAUACUAUACUCAGAGAAGCAAAAUUCUUCCACAAUAUUUGAAAAGGCAAAUUAUGGCACACACACAAAAAAACAAUCCAGAAGUAAAGAACACUAUACUGUCUUUAAUUGGUGGGAUGCAUGCAUAAAACUUGGUAGUCAAUGUAAAAAUAAAUGUGGUGAAAAAGAAUUUAAGAUGGCAUACUGUGGAAGACCUACAACUCUUUGCUGCAUGAAAGAAUGUGACCACGUUGAGUUAUUGAAGAGAUCCAUUCACAAAAAGAGGACAAAUAUUAACUAA